AUGGCUACGACCGAGGAAUUGCAAACUCUUGUGCUCACCACACUUGACAAAGCCAAUGUCAUUAGUGACUCCAAGGACUUAACUUACAACGAUAAACCUGUUGAACAACUUGCCCUCCUUGGUGCCCUCAACAGUUUAAAGUCCAAGGAGAUGAUUGAAUUUACUCCUAUUGACCGUAUCACUUGGGUUUUGACAGAAGAAGGUAAACAACUUGCUAAAGACGGUAGUCACGAAGCUCGUGUUUUCGCUGCCAUUCCUGCCGGUGAUGAAGGUCUUCCCAUUGCCGAACUUCAGAACAAAGUAGGUGCUUCUGCUAAACCUGGUCAAGGUAAAGCCUUCAAGAACAAGUGGGUUUCCAAGAAGGGCGCCAACUUGGUCCGUUUAGUCGAUACUAUUGUUGAUGAGACCCAAAAGGAUUUGAAGGAAAUUGAAUCUACCGGUACACUUAAGGAUGCUAAGGUCCUUGCUGAUUUAAAGAAGAGAACCUUGGUUGACAAGCAAAAGUCGACUACUUACUCUGUAUCAAAGGGUCCUGAUUUCUCUUUGGAAGUCAAGAAAGAAGCUACUGAUAUCACCUUUGAGAUGAUUCAAUCUGGUGAAUGGAAGAACGCUACUUUCAAAAAGUAUAACUUUGACGCUGCUGGUGUUCCUCCUCCCAGUGGUCAUCUUCAUCCUUUGAUGAAGGUGCGUCAAGAAUUCCGUGAGAUUUUCUUUGAGAUGGGUUUCCAAGAGAUGCCUACCAACUGUUAUGCUGAAUCUAGUUUCUGGAAUUUUGAUGCUCUUUUCCAACCUCAACAACAUCCUGCUCGUGAUGCUCACGACACCUUUUUCUUGAAAGACCCUGCCACAUCCGACCGUUAUCCCCGUGAUUUGAUGGAAAAGAUCAAGAAGACCCACGAGAAUGGUGGUGAUACCGGAUCCAUCGGUUACAACUACACAUGGAAAGAAGAAGAGGCACAAAAAUUGAUUUUGCGUACGCAUACAACUGCUGUCAGUUCAUUCAUGCUUCAUAAGCUUUCAGAGGAGACGAAGAAAUGUGGCGAAUUCCGCCCUGCCAAAUAUUUCUCAAUUGAUCGUGUUUUCCGUAACGAGAGUGUGGAUGCUACACAUUUAGCCGAGUUCCAUCAAAUUGAAGGUGUGAUUGCCGAUAAGAACUUGACAUUAGGUGACUUAAUUGGUUUCAUGGAUGUCUUUUUCAAAAAGAUGGGUAUGGAUAAAAUUCGUUUCAAGCCUACAUAUAACCCUUACACCGAACCUUCCAUGGAGAUCUUCUCUUACCAUGAGGGCUUAAAAUCUUGGGUAGAAAUUGGUAACUCUGGUAUGUUCCGUCCCGAGAUGUUGGGUCCCUUAGGUUUGCCCGAAGAUGUACGUGUUAUCGCUUGGGGUCUUGGCCUUGAACGUCCUACCAUGGUCAAGUAUGGUAUUUCCAAUAUUCGUGAUCUUUUGGGUCAUAAGGUCAACAUUGGUAUGAUCAAGGAAUAUCCCAUCUGUCGUUUGGAUAAGAAGAUGGGUAAGGAGUUGGUUGGUUUAAGCCAAGAUUAA